ACAAACUUACAACUACUUAACACAAACAUUUUCUGAUCAAACAACUAAUCAAGUAUCCGAAGAUGGAAGGAAAAACUUUGGUUGUAAGUGUGCUUGUGUUGAGUCUGUUCAUGGCACAUAUUCAAGUUGACGCAAAGAGCUGCUGUCCGUCCACCAGUGCUAGAAAUAUCUAUAAUGUUUGCCGCUUAUCCGGAGGUCCUAGGCAAGUUUGUGCAAGUCUUAGUGGCUGCAAAAUCGUUAGUGUGUCGACAUGUCCUAACGGAUAUACUAAUGACACUCUCGAAAACACAGGUGAUAUUGUUGAAGAAUACUGCAAAGUUGGAUGUGUAUCUUCUGUUUGCCGUGCGUUAACCACUCUCCAAAAUUCCGAUGCCAGUGAAAUCGUAAAUGGAGCUGUUGAAAAAUGUGCCAAUGCAUGUUCUACAAUCUGCACCAAAAGCUCCAUAGAUGCAGUUGAAACUGUCUAGACAAGUACUAUAUCCAUGGAAAUACCACGUACGGUGAAGGAGGUGGUCAACUGGUCAUCAUUUAAAGUGUUGGUUUUUAUGUUUUCAAUAAGUGUCGUGUAUGUGAGAAUAAAAUGGUAGACUCUUACUCUUGUGUGUGAUGUGCUUUUCUUGAAGGUUAUCGAUCUCUAGAUUGUAUAAUGUGUUUGUAUUCCCUAAUUUUAAAAUAAUGGAUAAUGUGUUUAUAUCCA